GUGUAGCUAUAUUGUGGCAAAAUGAAAUAGAUGUGUCAAUUGCUAGUUAUAAAUGCCGAAUCUGUCUAAAUAGAGCUGAAUUUUUUCUUUUUGUGUUUACUUUCAGGAAUAUGACGAAUGUUUCCGAUGCUGAUAAGGAUGCUUCUAAUUCUACUAUUAUUAAGGGUAAGGUUGAUCCAGCAAAGCCAGCAUCUCUUACAUGGAAGAGGAAACUGAACACUAAGGAACAUCCUCUUUCAGAGUUUGGACUAAAGAUCAAAGAAAUAAUCCAUUUGGCCCCACUAGGAUACCGCUUAUGGCGUUGGAAUCGAGAAGAAAAUUCGAAGGGAAAUGGAAAUGGAACUUUUAUUGACCCUUUCAAGAAACAUUACUAUUCGUCUUGUAAUGGUGUUCCUUUAGGUGGCAUUGGUGCAGGUAGCAUUGGAAGGACAUAUAAAGGCGAAUUUUUGCGUUGGCAACUCUUUACUAAAAUAUGUGAAGACAAACCAGUAUUAGCAAAUCAGUUUUCUGUAUUUGUUUCACGUCCCAACGGAAAGAAGUAUUCGACUGUCCUAUGCCCACCAAACCCAGAAAUCUUAAAAAUGAACAGAGAUAAUUCAGCUAACGGGAUUGGAUCUUGGGACUGGAAUUUUACUGGACACAGUUCUACUUACCAUGCAUUAUACCCAAGAGCUUGGACCGUGUAUGAUGGUGAACCCGAUCCGGACCUAAAAAUAGUUUGUCGUCAGAUUUCCCCAAUAAUCCCGCAUAAUUAUAAGGAAAGCAGUCUUCCGGUAUCAGUAUUUACUUUCACGUUGUCUAACUCUGGAAACACUGCUGCUGAUGUCACCUUACUGUUCACAUGGGAGAAUUCUGUUGGUGGUGCCUCUGGAUUAUCUGGUCGUCAUUCUAAUUCCAAAAUGAUGGUUAAAGAUGGCAUUCAUGGUGUAAACCUCCAUCACAUGAGUGCAGAUGGGCAACCCCCGGUUACCUUUGCUAUUGCAGCACAAGAAACGAAUGACGUUCACAUUUCAGAGUGCCCUUUCUUUGUGAUAUCUGGAGACUCCCAGGGCUUCACAGCAAAAGAAAUGUGGUGUGAAAUAAAAGAGAAUGGCUCAUUUGAUCACAUUGAUUCAUCUCAACUACCAAUGAAUUCGAAACCAAAUUCCUCUAUAGGGGCAGCUAUUGCAGCUUCUGUUACCAUACCAUCCGAGGCGGUUCAUACUGUCACUUUUUCACUGGCAUGGGACUGUCCGGAAGUAAGGUUUCCAACAAGGACAUACCACCGGCGUUACACUAAAUUUUAUGGUUCUCACGGGAAUGCUGCAGAAAAAAUUGUGCAUGAUGCUAUUCUAGAACAUGCUAACUGGGAGUCACUGGUAGAGUCAUGGCAGCAGCCUAUUCUUGAAGACACAAGGCUUCCAGAAUGGUACCGAAUAACUCUUUUCAAUGAAUUAUACUAUCUCAACUCAGGAGGGACAGUUUGGACAGAUGGACUACCUCCAGUCCACAAUAUAUCAAGCAUUCAAGGAAGAAUAUUCUCAAUUGACAGAUCUAAUAUUGGUCCUCAAAGUACUGGUGAUUCAUCUCAUCAACAUGACACCGCUAUUAACGUUCUAGAAAGAAUGACUUCAGUACUUGAUGAAAUCCAUCAACCUGCAUCAAAAAACUCAGCAUUUGGUACAAAUCUUCUACAAGAAGGAGAAGAAAACAUUGGCCAAUUUCUAUAUUAUGAAGGAAUCGAGUAUCAUAUGUGUAACACAUAUGAUGUCCACUUCUAUGCAUCUUUUGCCUUAAUCAUGCUUUUUCCCAAACUUGAACUCAGCCUUCAACGAGACUUUGCAGCUGCUGUAAUGAUGCAUGAUCCAAGAAAAAUGGAUCUUUUAUGUGACGGAACUUUGGCCCCUCGAAAGGCCCUUGGUGCAGUCCCACAUGAUAUCGGAAUGAUUAAUCCGUGGUUUGAUGUUAACUUUUACAAUAUCCAUGAUACUGAUCACUGGAAAGACUUGAACCCAAAAUUUGUUCUUCAAGUUUACAGGAAUGUGGUUGCCACCCAAGACAAGAAUUUUGCACGGGCCGUUUGGCCUUCGGUUUAUAUUGCAAUGGCUUACAUGGAACAGUUUGAUAAGGAUGGGGAUGGGAUGGUUGAAAAUGAAGGGUUCCCUGAUCAGACAUAUGACACGUGGUCGGUUUCAGGUGUCAGUGCGUAUUCUGGUGGACUGUGGGUGGCGGCGUUGCAGGCUGCCUCUGCCUUGGCAGCUGUAGUUGGUGAUGAGGGUUGUCAGGAUUAUUUUUGGGCGAAGUUUCAGAAAGCAAGGAAAGUGUAUGACAAGCUAUGGAAUGGUUCUUACUUUAAUUAUGAUGAUAGUGAAGGGAGGGCAAGUUCAUCCAUCCAAGCUGAUCAGUUGGCAGGACAAUGGUAUUCUAGAGCAUGUGGCCUUUUUCCCAUUGUUGAUGACGACAAGGCCAGAAGUGCACUGGAAACAAUUUAUAACUUUAAUGUGUUGAAAGUAAAUAAUGGAAAGCGUGGAGCUCUUAAUGGGAUGCUACCCAAUGGAGAACCUGACAUGUCAUGUAUGCAGUCGAGAGAAAUAUGGACUGGAGUUACUUAUGCUGUUGCUGCAGGUAUGAUUCAUGAAGAUAUGAUUGAUACAGCUUUCCAAACUGCAAGUGGAGUGUAUGAAACUGGUUGGUCAGAAGAAGGAAAAGGCUACUCUUUCCAAACCCCGGAAGCUUGGGACAUGGAUGGCCGAUACAGGUCUCUUGCCUACAUGCGCCCUUUGGCAAUCUGGGCCAUGCAGUGGGCAUUAACACAACCAAAAACACCAGACCAGAAACCAAAAACAGAGGCAAAGCCUGAAUCUCUCGCCAGACAACAUGCUGGAUAUACACGAGUUGCUCAUCUACUGAAGCUUCCAAAGGAGCGAGACUCAAGGAGCAUCUUACAAAGUAUUUUUGACUACACUUGCAGAAAGAUGACAAUAUGAGAUAUUCUAUUUUAUGCCUACAUUAUAGUUCUUGGUAUUGGUAUAGUGGCUUCAUAUUCAUGACUGUGUUUUCAGAAACUUCAGUUCAAUACAAGUAUCAUUAAUAUGUUCAACCCAAAUUAUACUAAUAGUCUGAGCAUAUAACAGAUAACCAUAUUUUUCAGUCCUAGGAACUGGGUUGAGCAUAUGUUCGAGUGUGCAUAGGGAUAUCUAUUCAUGUAUUUAUGACAAUCGUGUAAAUGGUUUGCGUUGGCACA